UGUCCGGUGCUGUCGAUCACCGUUGGUUUUCUUAAGGAAUUCCGUGGAUAGCUCGACACACGGCAUCACCUAAAUUGUUAUUGUGGAUUAGUGUCGUCGGAAGACGUCUGAGGAUUCGCGCCACAUCGCUGCCCCUUCCCCCAAAACAUCUCUACUCAGACUUUGAGUCACCCGCUUGCGCUGUCGCCCAGGAGAUUCACCAUGGAAAACGGUGAGACGUUCCACUGCAACGACAGCGGCGACGGCGGCGGUGGAAGCAACGUGGUGGAGAUAUAUCCCUUGAGUCGUUACUUCUUCGGUUCUAAAGACGCCAUCCCUGACAAGGACGACUGCCUGGCCGACCGAAUCCAGCGGAUGAAAGCUAACACUUGGUGGGUUUCUCGCAGUUACGCGGCUCGUGGGAUGAGGACUUGCGUCCACGGGAUCCUUCUGGUCGAAUUGUUUCAACACCCUCAUGUGCUAUUACUGCAAGUGAGAAACUCUUUCUUUAAGCUACCAGGAGGUCGUCUUCGAUCUGGUGAAUCAGAUGUUGAAGGUCUAAAACGCAAGCUAUCAAGAAAGCUCUCCAGUGAAGAAAAUGGCACGAAUGAUGACUGGCAGAUAGAUGAGCGUAUCGGGAUGUGGUGGAGGUCAGACUUUGAAACGUUACCGUUCCCAUAUUUGCCUCCUAAUUUGCGUCGACCGAAGGAAUGCACAAAGCUUUUCCUGGUUAAGCUGCCAAUGACACGGCAUUUUAUCGUACCAAGAAACCUGAAGCUGCUUGCCGUGCCGUUGUGCCAGUUACAUGACAAUAGCGAGACAUAUGGCCCGAUUAUAUCCGGUAUACCACAAUUACUGUCAAAGUUCUCCUUCAACAUCAUCCAAGAUUGAACGGGACUUUACACUGUUGCUCCUCGGAUUGGAAAAUUUGUAUCGUGUAUAGUGGCGUGGGAAAUUUGUAGCUGAAGUCAAUUAGCAUACUGCGAAUGUACGUAUAGUAUUUUAUGGUGCAGAGUCUGUACAAAGUGGUUUCAAGGUAUCUUGAAUUUUUCUUGCA